CUCAUCUCGCUUGCGUACGCGUACGAACAGCAUACUCAUACUAGAUUGGCGAGGCGGGCAUAUGCAGAGGCAGUUCCGACGACGCAGUUGUGGGAUGUGAUUUAUGGGAGUGCAGCUUGAGCUAAGAUAAAAUAUAUUUCAGUGCGGGCUACGACGUUGACUAUGAAUUUCUCGACAUUAAAUACCUUCAAUCAUUCCAUCAUAAGCGGUCCAGCGAGGUAUACCCGGAGAGGAUUUUCCUCGACCUCUUUCUGUCGCCAUGAAGGACACUACGGGACCCUCUCCGUUCCGAAGGAUGCUAGCAAGAGUCAGAUCAAGUCGAGCUUUUACAAGCUCAGUAAGAUGUAUCACCCUGAUGUUACACAGGAUCCAGAGGCAAGAGAGAAGUUUCAUGCAGUGAGCGAGGCCUACGCGGUGCUGGGUGACGAUAGGAGGCGGAGAGCGUACGAUCGGUCGUUGGCCGUACCCUCAACGGUGACGCAUGCAAAGAGUUCAUCUCACUCUUCACCAUAUUCGCACUGGUCGUCAGAAGGUCGCCGCAGAGGUGCAACCUAUGCAUGGGAGCAUUCGCGGCGACCAGGAGCGGGCAAUUAUCGGCCGCCACCAGGGUACCAGACUGGUUACAGUCAUCCUGCAGGAUCGCAGUUUCGGCCGCAGUCGCAGCAUUAUGACCCGUUCUUGUCGCCUCAUGUCAGACGGGCGACACAGAAGAAGUCGGCGGCGGAGGAGGAGCACGAUCGAAUACAGCACGAGUCGGGCUUCUGGCGGACGAUGCAGGUCAUCGGAAUCAUCAUGGCGAUUGCGACAGUCGGCGGCGGGUUCACUGCGAAUGUUAGCCUUGUGCAUUUGUAGUCCAUCAUGUUUGUAGGAUAGGAAGCGUGACCACGUUAGCCGAGCUGUUAAGCGCGCCGCGACGAGGAGUCUCAGCGUCACCACCACCGCUGAUGAGCUGUCCUCGGUGCGAGCGAUCACUGCGUCGUCGUCCGUGACGCUGUCUCUCGUCGAUGACCCUCACCAUCCUCGUCUCCUUUUCUCUCCUUGCGCUGGUCGUAACAGCGCGCCCCAUCGUAUCCAAUGAUACCCCCGAAGUCGUAGAUUCAUUUCACGACGUUCAAAAUGCUGUCCAAGCCAUCUUCGAGUCACGUACGGGGU